CCAAUAGGUGGGCAGAGCGCCGGCAGCUGUAAGGAAUGGAGUCGCAAUCGCCCGAUUCGGAUGCCAGCGUCGAUGAGUCUCUCUUCGCCCUCUUGCUGGACCUGGGGAUUCCCGAGGCUGCAGCGAGGAGGGCUCUGGCGCUCACCGGAGGUCAUUCUGCUGAAGCGGCGGCGCAGCUUUACUUCAGUAGCGGUCUCGAUUCCCAGGAUGAAGAUGAGGCACAGGGCAGUGAUGUCAAUCUUCUUCCAGGCAGACACCACAAGAUGGUCUUUGUGGUAAACAUGGAACUCUCCAUGGGAACUGGAAAGAUUGCUGCUCAGGUGGGGCAUGCAGCAAUUGGCUUGUUCCAGCUGGUGCAUGAAAAGCCAAGUCAGAGGGGCAUGAUCAACCAAUGGGAUGAGCAUGGUGCAAAGAAAGUUGUACUUCAGGGAGUCAACACAGACCAGUUGCUGGAACUGCAUGCGCUCGCCCUGAGUCUAGAAUUGCCAACAUACCUAGUGCAAGAUGCCGGAAGGACACAGGUCUCAGCUGGGUCACAGACAGUCCUUGCCAUCAUAGGAGAAGAAGAGCUGGUGAAUCAGGUGACCGGGCAGCUAAAACUGCUGAACUGAGAUGUUGUGAAGUUUGGCUGCCUGUGGGAUCCCAGGGGGGGAAGAGCCUAAGCCAUCUCCUCCUCUGCCAACAACUCAAGAAACCACCCGAGCCGAACAGACACCUCAAAAGACAGCUGUCUUUUGUGAGAGGAGCUUUCUCCUAGACAACGGAAGUGAUAGUUCUCCGGAUCCAGAUUUCUAGUGGGAUUCUCAAGUGGGUCUGUGUGAAGGUCGGACCCCCUUAAUUCUUCACCAUUUAUAACCAAGCUGCUCUAUAUUAAGUAAUGCUUAGGCGUUUUCAGUUAAGGGGAAAACUCCAAGGAUCAUCCAAGGUUGCCUUCCCCUCCUGAUGCCCUUCAGAUGUAUUCACAUAAUCCAUUAACCCCAGUCAAGUGUGGUCAACCCCCCCCCCUCCAUCUUUCCCAAGUGAGAAAGUGCAGGUUACUCUAGUAUAUAAAUUCUCACACCAUUUGGAUAUCUUGUGCCAAGAGUAUAACACUCUAUUAUUAUUAUUUUCUGUGAUGUGAAAAGGAACAAGUGUGGCAAUUUUUGGAGAGCUUUAUCUGACUUAUCUGCUAGGACUUCUCUUCAACAGCCUGUAGAGAGCCAAAGGACGGUUGUUCCUAUUUAGAAGGCUGUAAACGUCUCUGUUUAGCUAGUGUAUAUUGUAAUUGGUGGUGUCUUGUUUGUAUCUUAUUUUUAACUUCCACAAGUGGGCUGUGUCUUGCUUUAUGACGUCCUUGGUAUCAAUUUCCAAAUGGCUUUGAAAAACUGAAUUUUCAAAGCAAUGCUAGUCCUGUUAGGACAUUUCUCUUUAACAAAUAACUGGAUUAAAUUGCAGUGGUCAGCAUUGGGGGUGGGGUGAGGGAUGUGCAGCAACAUGACGGUCUAGAUUUUCCCAACUUAAAACAGCUCUUUUUUUAAUGUUUGUGUGUUUGUUCUCAAAAUGUUAAGAAUAAGAAAAAGCCAAGAUUAUGUAGCA